CACUGUCAUUUUUCAUUACUGACUUGUGCUUGAUAAUUAUUGUGAACGCGUUUGCGAAUUCCUAUUAAUUAUUUUAUUUUAUGGUUUAAUCUGCCGUGUCUUUCUUCUGUAUAAUCGUAACGCAAGCCAGAAAGCUCGAGAAAUAGUUUUAUAGUUGAAAUUCACCUUUAAUAAGUUUAAACUUUAAAAUGGCAGCGGUUCAAGCCAAGCCCCAAUGGCCGGUUCGGCCAGGAAUUCAGCAUCAAAAUAGCCAGAAUGCCGCAAGCUUAACACUAAACAGAUCGAUUAACUUAUAUCCGCUAACAAAUUACACAUUCGGCACGAAAGAACCGCUGUUUGAAAAAGAUGCGUCGGUACCGGCUAGGUUCCAGAGGAUGCGUGAAGAAUUCACCAAAAUCGGCAUGAGAAGGUCUGUGGAAGGAGUACUAUUAGUACAUGAACAUGGUUUACCACAUGUGUUGUUACUGCAACUUGGGACUGCUUUCUUCAAGCUACCAGGUGGUGAACUUAAUCCUGGAGAAGAUGAAAUUGAAGGACUAAAGAGAUUGCUUACGGAGACUCUUGGAAGACAAGAUGGAGUUAAACAGGAUUGGCUUAUUGAAGACACAAUUGGAAACUGGUGGCGUCCAAACUUUGAACCACCACAGUAUCCCUACAUUCCACCCCACAUAACUAAACCUAAAGAACAUAAACGUCUCUUUUUAGUGCAGUUACAGGAUAGGGCAUUAUUUGCUGUACCCAAGAACUAUAAAUUAGUUGCUGCUCCUCUAUUUGAGUUAUAUGAUAAUGCUCAGGGAUAUGGGCCAAUUAUUUCCUCCCUUUCACAAAGUUUAUGUAGGUUCAACUUUGUUUAUAUGUAAUUAUCACUUAGUAACGUUAGCUGUCAUCCACGUGACAGUUGACAGGUCUAUAUUGUCAAGAGUAAUGCAUCUAUAAAAGUGGUCUCUGUUGAUCUCGGUUAUUCUUGUAUGCACUUAUUUUAUUGUGAAGUGUAGUGUGAUUUCACAACUCAAGCUUACACAAUAUUUAGGUCUAGGGAAAACUAUGAUAAAGCCAACUUUAUAGAGAACAUUACCUUGCCAAUUAACUUGUUAGUACUAAGAUUUUAACUUUUGAACCAAUACUUUUACUGCAAGAGUUCAUCUGUUUAAUUUCAUUAAAAAAUCUACUGGCUUAUGUUCACAGGCAUUUUAACCUUAUUCUUUUUAACAAUCGUUUAAAAUAUACAUCUUUAAAAUCGUCAUUAUAAAGCUUAAGGCUUUCGUCCCUGAAUCAUACCCUAAGGGUAUAAAGAAGAAGAAUAUUACAAUUGGGUUUUGAAAAACAUUAUUGCUAUAGUGAAAAUGCUUAAUAUAUAUAUUUAAGCAUAUUUAUAUAUGGAGUAUAUUCCAGUUGAAUAUGUAACAAGAGUUUAAUUUGACAUUUAAACCAUUGUUUAAAAAUUGUAAAGCUGUUAAAAAGUUAGUGAACUGGAGCCCAAAUUUAUGUAAAGGCAUACACAAGUAUGAGGUAUUGUGUAAGUCUAUUCAUAUUGUAUUGUCAUAUUAGUGUAAGCAACAUUGACAUAUGGAAUAAA